AUGGAAUCAACAUCACAAUGGCAACAGAUGGUACUUGAUGCUAUUGAAAAUCGACGGCUACAUAUGAUCAACCGUGCAAACUAUAUCAAAACCCAUAAAUUAACGACAUACUACAAUAGAAAUUCAAUUGCGUUGUAUUUUUCUCGCUCUAUACCUAGCCGUCACUCACUGAACUCAAUACUGAUUACUAUGGCUCAAAACAUAACUCAAGAACUCAAGGAGCAAGGGAUGCCAUUAACAGGAACGACAGACACUCCAAUGUCAGACAACACAUCAUCAUCUUCUGCAAAAAAAUGCUGUGCUAAUACAUAUGGGUACUGUCUGUAUUUUCUUCUUGGUUUUUUUCUUCUUAAUAUUUGUAUUGCUCUUAUUCUUGGUGGUGGUCGUUUUGGUCUGCUUCCUGUUAUUAGUCGAACUGGUAGUUUUAUUUGUCUCAGUCUUGCUGGUCUUGCUCUUGUUGGUCUUCUUGUGGCGACAAUACAUUGGAAAAUUAUUCAAUCAUAA